AUGGCAUCGCCCGCGGUCACACCGCAGAAUCCUGCGCCGAGGCGCCGCGGCCGCCCUCCCGGCACCACCAAUGCCGUGCGCGCCGCCCGCGCCGCUGAGGCGGCUCGGCUGGCGGCGUUGGGACAGACCGUGUCGGCGCGUAAAAAGCGCUACGUGCCUGGCGGGCCUGGCGGCGGCGGUAGAUACGUUGACCCGGACAGCCUGCUGAGCGCGAGCGCGAUGACGUCGACACCGCGGACGGGCGGCGCCCCGCCGUCGUCGUCACGCCGCCGCUCUGUAGCUAGUCGGGAUAUUUCGUACGCCGUCUCGCCUGUGCCAUUGCCGCGGCGUGACCGGAGCACACGCACCCGCGCCACGGCCGGCGACGACUUCGAGGAGAUCGAAUGGGGCUCCGCCGCCGCCGUGGCCGCCUCGGUCAAGCAGGCUGAGGACUACAAACCCCGCGAGGAGCGCAGUUGGGAGGAGUUUCACCCGAACCUCGAUAUCGAACGGCGCUUCGUCGUUUUCUCCGCCAAUGAGGUGGACGGCGUUUCCGGGACGCACGAGACGCCGAGCACGCCGUCUAGGCAUACACCAGGUACACCUCGGAAUGGGACCAUGACGCCUAUGCGACAAGGGCACUCCAUGUCGACGGGCAAUACGCCGAACCCGCAGCCCCAAUUUGAUGCUCACAGCCAGCCUGAUUCGCAAUCGGCAGCAGGCACGACGACGCCAUCCCGACGCUCAAGAAGGGCGCUGCGCGAGUCUGUUUCGUUUUACGGCGUGCGCAACACACCUAUGAAUGGCACGCCCCGGACACCACGCAUACUGCCCAUCUCGAACCAGACGCCAAAAGAGCGGCUGGACCUCAAACAGCCCAUGUUCCGCAAGACCAACCGCAUAGAGCUGUUUGAAAGUAAGACGUUUGGGCAGGCCCGUUAUGUCGAUAAGGCUAUGAGCAAUGUAGGAUAUCAAGAAAGCGACCAUUUCCCCCGACCUGACGAGACGUUGCUGCGCGCUAUUGACCUCGGCGCAGAGGACGACGCGGAGCAGUCGCUGGCCUUGCUACCGAUCAAAUCGGAGGAGCACGGCGGCAGCAGCAGCAGCCACGCGCCGCACGCGCAAAAGCUGGGCCGUGUCGAGUACGACAUGGACGAGCAGGACGACAUGUGGCUGGAACAUUAUAAUGCACAACGCAAACAGGCCGACCUGGAACCCAUCACUCGCGAGGUGUUUGAGAUUACCAUGACCAAGAUUGAAAAAGAGUGGCACGCGCUCGAGCGGCGCAUACCCAAGCCAAACCCCAAGCCGCCACAGACACACCGUCCCCGGUCAAGCUCGGCGGCGGCGGUCAAUGGCGAGAUUCAGAGCGGCGGUGGUGGCGGCGCCGGUAGCGAUGAACCAGAUAGCAAGUGUGUCAUCUGCGACGAUGGCGACUGCGAAAACACCAAUGCGAUUGUGUUUUGUGACGGAUGCAACCUGGCCGUUCACCAAGAAUGCUAUGGCGUGCCCUUUAUCCCUGAAGGUCAGUGGCUCUGUCGCAAGUGCCAGCUGUGCGGGCGCGGUGUGCCUACCUGUAUCUUUUGCCCCAACACGGACGGGGCCUUUAAACAGACCAACUCGUCGAAGUGGGCGCAUCUGCUCUGCGCCAUGUGGAUUCCCGAGAUUUCGCUUGGCAACCACACGUUCAUGGAACCGGUUAUGGAUGUCGAGAAGGUGCCCAAGACGCGAUGGAAACUCAACUGCUACAUCUGCCGCCAAAAGAUGGGCGCGUGCAUUCAGUGCAGCAACAAGAACUGCUACAUGGCCUUUCACGCCACCUGCGCGCGGCGCUCAAGGCUCUAUCUUAAGAUGAAGACGAGCCACGGCGCGCUAGCCGUGCUGGACAGCAGUAUGGUCCUCAAGGCGUUUUGCCACAACCACUGCCCGCCUGACUACACGAUAGAGAACAAUGUCCAUCAGGCCACCCGCGCGGCCAAGAAGUUUUACAAACGCAACAUGCGCGGCCGCAUCUGGGCGGACAACCAGGCCAUGGCAAAUGUGCUCGCGGCCCAGCAUAGAGUUGCUGUCACGGACCAUCCUGCCAACGAAGGCCAAGGACCCGGCGCCAAGAGCGCAGGCAUGCUCGGCCACGGCGCGGACGAGCAGACGGGACAGGGCCAGCCGCCCAAGAACCUGUGGAAGCUGCCCUCGGGCGCGCCGAUUAUCCCGCAAGCUGUGUAUGACGUGGUGGAGGCCUCGAUCCAGCGCUUCCCUUUCCGGAAACGCAAGGACUUUCUAGGCGAGGCGUGCCGGUACUGGACGCUGAAGCGCGAGGCGCGUCGUGGGGCGGCCCUUCUGAAGCGGCUGCAGCUGCAGAUGGAGGCCUUCUCGUCGAUGGAGUUGACUAGGCGCGACUUUGCCUCGAUGGGCCCCAACGGCAGGACACGGCUGGCGAGGCGCGUCGAGUUUGCGCAGAAUAUCCUCAGGGAUCUGGAGCAGCUGAAGGCGCUGUCCGAAGAUGUUGUGCAGCGCGAGGAGCUUCGCGUGGAAGCCGUCGAGCUGGAAAAUGACUUUGUGGAUGAGUGCUACUUUCCUGUGGCGAAGCUGCUGGAGCCCGCCAUGGAGAAGGCCAUUUCGCUUGACAAGGACCUGUUCGGAAAAGGUCUCGAGGUCAUCACAGAGCGCAUUGGGCAGCGUCACUAUACAACCGUCAUACUGUUUGCUCAAGAUCUCUGCGACGUGAUUAGCAAGGGCAUCCGGACGCCGCUGCCAGAGGUGCCGGACGAUGCCAGCGCCUCGGGCUCGCGUUUCGAGGGCAUCGCUCCGUCGCUCUCAAAACCUGGCUUUACCGAUAUCCGCGAGCGUCGCAAACUGGGCAAGCGCAUCCUUAAGAGUGUGCAGCCUUUCCUGGAAGCCGCGCUGAAAGUGGAAGCGGAAAUUAGUAAUAAGGCGCCAGAAGCGCUGGUGGCAGAACUGGAAGCGCUCAUUACGACGAGCUUGGACACGACCAAGCCUGUGGAGACGUGCGAGGAUACCGUCAUGGUUGAUGCACAAGACGCGACUGAGAUUACGGUCAAGAGCCUGGCUGGCGAGAACGGUGCCGACUAUACGGAGCCAGAUGCCAUGGACACGGCUGAGGACGACGUUGUGCAUGACCAUAUUGAGGUGGACACGUCGGGCCUGAGCAUCGUCGACACGACGACGCUGACGGCAGUCAAGUCGGACAAGAGCCUCCAAGCGGCGACACGAGGUGUCGCGGGCUCCUCCUCAGCGUCACCCGACGACUAUGCCGCUCUAGCCCAGCCGCCGCAGGAGGGACCGCCCACCCCGCCGCAAUCGAACGGCAGCCUAGGCCGGCGGGAUCCCACGGAUCCGCUGACUGAGGGCGGCGUUCUGUGGCACCUCAAGCCCUUUGAACCACGGGGCACGUCGGCGCUGCUGGAGCACCCGGCGGCGGCCGCGGCGGCCCCUGGCGGUUUUGACGCCGCGAGGCUGCUGAGCGAGGACCUGACGGACCUUGACGAGGUUGAGCUCAGGGGCCGUGGCGCCAUGAUGGCUGAAGGCGUCGAGGAGGAGGUGGAAGCGGCGGCCGAGGAAGAAGUCGCCGUGGCCAAGACUAAAACGAGCAGGGCGCGCACGCGGCGCGCAUCGGGCCGUCAGCGAUGA